AUGGAAUCUCUAAUACCAGUCAUAAACAAACUACAGGACGUUUUUAACACAGUGGGUUCUGAAACAAUACAACUGCCUCAAAUCGUUGUUUUGGGAACACAGAGCUCUGGGAAGAGUUCAGUCCUUGAAAACUUAGUUGGUCGAGAUUUCCUCCCUAGAGGACAUGGAAUUGUGACGCGGCGACCACUUGUUUUACAACUUAUCCAUGUAGAUGAGUCAGACCAUGCUACACGGGUCGCUGAAGGUGAUGGUACUUCAACCGAAUGGGCAACAUUCCUACAUACAAAAAAGAUAUACCGGGAUUUCGAUGAAGUUCGUAAUGAAAUCAAAAGCGAAACGGAUCGGGUUGCCGGGGCUGGAAAAGCUGUAAGCUCCGAGCCUAUCAACUUAAAAAUAUUCAGCCCACGUGUUCUCAAUCUCACUUUGGUUGAUCUUCCUGGCAUUACAAAGGUUCCUGUUGGUGAUCAGCCUGAGGAUAUCGAAACAUUGAUCAAUGAUUUAUGUCUUCAUUACAUUAACAAUCCUAACAGUAUAAUUUUAGCUGUUACACCGGCCAAUGCAGAUAUGGCUACUAGCGAAGGUCUUAAGCUGGCCAAAACAAUCGAUCCUGAUGGCCGCCGAACUUUAUGUAUUCUAACUAAGUUGGAUCUAAUGGACCAUGGAACAGACGCCCACGAUCUUUUAUUGGGGCGUGUUGUUCCAGUUAAACUCGGCAUAAUUGGUGUUGUCAAUCGUUCUCAAGCCGAUAUUAAGGCGGGUAAAAAUAUUGACGAGGCAUUACAAGAUGAGGCCAGUUUUCUGCAACGACGUUAUCCAUCUCUUGCUAGUAGGAAUGGCACCCCAUUCUUGGCACGGACAUUAAAUAGACUUUUAAUGCAUCAUAUACGGGAUUGUUUGCCAGACUUGAAGACACGUGUGAAUGUAAUGGCUGCACAAUUUCAGAAUCUUUUAAAUACAUUCGGAGAUGAAAUCGAAGACCGAGGACAACUUUUGCUGCAGAUUAUUACAAAGUUUAAUACUGCUUAUUGUAAUACAAUUGAUGGAGUUGCGAAAGACAUUGAAACGACUGAGUUGUGUGGUGGCGCUCGUAUUUGUUAUAUAUUCCAUGAAACCUUCUAUCGAACAUUGAGUAAAAUCGAUCCUUUGGGUGGUUUAUCUACUCUUGAUAUUCUAACUGCAAUACGAAAUGCUACCGGACCAAGACCUGCUCUAUUUGUGCCAGAGGUUUCUUUCGAAUUGUUGGUAAAACGACAAAUCAGGCGUUUGGAAGAACCGAGUUUACGAUGUGUUGAAUUAGUCCAUGAAGAAAUGCAACGCAUCAUUCAACAUUGUGGUGCUCAACAAGAACUCCUUCGGUUUCCGAAACUGCACGAACGUAUAGUCGAUGUGGUCACUUCUGUAUUGCGCCAGCGCCUGCAACCGACCAAUCAAAUGGUUACUAAUCUAGUCGCUGUUGAGUUAGCCUAUAUAAAUACUCGACAUCCUGACUUUCUGGAAGCGCUAAGUACACAUCGACAACAGGCUCCAGGAUUAGAGAAUCUGUCUCUUAACGACCAACCGGCAACACAGGGAUCAAUUUCAGGAUCUUCACUUCGUACCAUUACUGCUUCACAUCUGACUCGUCGCCUACCUGGAACUCUUCAGCACGAAGAACAGACCAGUUCACUUAAUGUUAAUGGUCCAUCCUCAGAUCAAAAUCCAGAGAAUCUGCAUAUUGGACUAAGCCUUACUCCGGACAUUCAAACGGAAGUUCAACAGCAUAAGCUAACACCAAAUGAACGACAUGAUUGUGAAGUUAUUGGGAAACUUAUUCGUUCCUAUUUUCUAAUUGUUCGAAAGAACAUACAAGAUACUGUUCCAAAAGCAAUAAUGCAUUUUUUAGUGAAUUUUGUUAAAGAUAAUUUACAAUCAGAACUUGUCGGUAAAUUGUAUAAACAAGAUGAAUACAAUGCAUUGUUACAAGAAAGUGAACGAGUAGCUCAGCGCCGAAGAGAAGCUUCCGAAAUGUUGAAGGCUCUUCAGAAAGCCAGUAUGAUUAUCGGUGAAAUUCGUGAAACACAUUUAUGGUGA